CAAAAAGAUUAAAAAAAAAAACUUUAUUUAUUUGUAUAUAAUCAAACCCUACUCUGGAAAAGUCCUAGUUCCUCUAAGCUUUACUUACUCUCAAUAAAGGCGCCUGACGAAUCUCUACCUACUGCCACACUGAAAGAUCGCAAAAAGUAAAUCUUCACCUAACAACCAUGGAAGCGCUCUCUACUUCGUCAUCAUACAUCUCUAAUCCUCUCCCGAAAACAAAGCAUCUCUUCAAACCUUCCCUCCUGCCACUCGUAGCUUCAUCCCAGUCUUCCUGUUGGCUCUGUAAUUCGCCACCCAAGCUGAGAAUCCCCAAGUUGAGAAUCAGAGACGGAUCAAGUCACGGCCUUCGUAUACACUCUCUCUUACACAACGAGGGUGAAGGUGAAGACAAUCUCGGCGAAAGCAAUGGGUUUGGCUUCUUUCCUGGGGACAUCUUCUCUUUAUCACAGCUUGAGAGUGAGACAUCUCAUAGUGUAAUAGAUGUGGAGUCAUCUCUUGCACUUCCUCAGGGUGCUGGGAACAGUGGGGGAAAUCGAGGUGGGCUUUUUAGAACUCCCAUAUCUGGUGGAGUUCAGAAUGCGACAUCAGCUCAUGCGUUGCCUAGGCCUGCUUUGGCUGUUAGGAACUUGCUGGAGCAGGCUAGGUUUGCUCAUCUAUGCACGGUGAUGUCUAAAAUGCACCACCGUAGGGAAGGUUACCCAUUUGGCUCUUUGGUGGAUUUUGCACCUGAUCGUAUGGGGCAUCCAAUCUUUUUAUUUUCACCGUUGGCCAUCCACACAAGAAAUCUCUUGGCUGAACCUAGAUGCAGUCUCGUUGUUCAGAUACCUGGAUGGAGUGGCCUAUCGAAUGCAAGAGUAACAUUAUUCGGUGAUGUGUACCCAUUAUCAGAAGAUGAGCAGGAGUGGGCACAUAAGCAAUACAUUGCAAAGCACCCGCACGGGCUUUCAGAGCAAUGGGGAAACUUUCACUAUUUUAGAAUGCAGAACAUAAGUGAUAUAUAUUUCAUUGGAGGGUUUGGCACCGUCGCAUGGGUUGAUGUCAAAGAGUAUGAGGCUUUACAGCCAGAUAAGAUCGCCGUCGAUGGUGGAGAGCACAACCUCAAGGAACUAAAUGCCAUCUUCUCAAAGCCGCUUAGAGAGCUACUGUCUUCUGAAACAGAGGUAGACGACGCUGCUCUCAUCUCUAUAGAUAGCAAAGGGAUAGAUGUAAGGGUUCGUCAGGGUGCUCAGUUCAACAUACAAAGGCUGCCCUUUGAGGAAGGUCAUGGUGUUGAAACGCUAGAAGAAGCUAAAGCUGCACUAUGGAAGGUGAUAGAGAAAGUGAAGCUAAACUAUUUCCAGAAAUGACCAAAGAUCCUUGAAUUUGCAGAAAUGACAAAACGUCUUUUUCUCUAGAAGACGGGGUCUUUAGAGUGUUGUUUGGUUACUCUUUUUGACUUUUUAGCUAAAGUUUUGUAGUUUGCUCUAUGUAUUUGGCCCUCCUUCGACGGAGUUACUAAAUGGGGUUAAAACACGACAAUCUUGAAAUAACAGGGUGAAUCCUGAGUUUAAUAAUAUGUAUUUCCAUUCGUGGAUUUGCAAC